GAUCUCGACCAUUAUCUGCGGACAAUGCUCACCUCGAAUCAAGGAAUGAACUCACGGUUGCUGCUCUGUAUGGAUGGAACCGACGCACCGUCACUGAUCAAAGGGAUCAUGAUCUACGAGGCUUCUUCUGCUCGAGGCUUGGAGACUUGCAAGUGUUGAUUGGCCACUGCUCUACAUAUACAUUUACAAGCUAAGCAAGGCCAUUCAAGCGUCCUUUAAGCCCGCGUUCCUUUUCCUUAUCGAAGGGAUGGGAAAAGUCGAAGGGCCCGGACGGCCCUGCAGUUGAGGGCCUCCCAAACCGGUCGGGGCUGCCGGAUAGCUUCUGAAAUACCUGUAGGUGCUUGCGCAACUUGCGCUCGAGCAAUCACAACGGCACGAUCAUCGACCACUCGCCAGCAAUAGAUCCUACGCAUAUCAACAGCGUCGAUGAAUGGGGCUGUUCAAGAAGUCCACGACAACGGUUGUGCACGCACGACCUAUCGAAGAGACUGCAGCGGAUGGGGUUCUCGAACUGGUCAAUGUUGAUGACAAGGUGCGAGAUGCAAUGAUGAAUCUCUUCUCGCCUUCUUGGUCACAGAGGAGUGAUGAAAUGCUCGAAUUCAUCUACGAAGCUUGCUCUGACCAUGACUGGUUUGAGCUCUGGGAAGGGACCACACCAUUGAUAGCCGUUCGUGUCAAUCUCGAGCAUGCCGUCUUUCCUUUACACGCCAACAACAAAUACGCCUUGACAAGAACACUGGAACGCCUCAACACAAAUAUAUGCUUCAUCAUGUCUACGGAGUCUGUGGCUGACUUUGUGCGACAGCUUCAUCCAUCCGCCUUCGUUGCCAAUUUGUCAACUGAGAUCAAUAUACAGGUCCGCCGUGACCUGACAGAUUUUCAGCAUGCGAAGGUCCACCAGUCAGCAGCAAUAUUGCGACAAACUGGUCAGAUUCUCUUCUGGGGUGACGACCUGGAGGAUCUGAUGAAGUUCGCCACAUUGGUGGAAGAUUUAAUCGCUCAAUUUCUAUGGCGGCGAAAGCAGACGACAGCUCAUGAUUUGCCGCAUGGUAAUCACGAUGAAGCCGUCAGCCUGGCAAUACAAGAGGAACUCGACCGCCCGGUUCAGAUGCUGCUUCCUGUUAUGGUGUUUUUGACCAUUAUGGUCAACUUCAUCAUUAUCGCCCUCGCCAUGCGAGCGAUAGUGUUUGCCUCGAUACGCACCAACAACUAUCUCAGGUUCAUCUUCGUCCUCUAUUUUCCGUUCCUCUUCUUCUUGACAUCAUUCUUUUCGCUCAUGUUGGUUGUCAUCGUCAUCAACUGUGUCGGGCCGGUGCAGCAGCUCUAUCAGAACUCCAAGUUCUACUCGUGCUACCCUCCCAAGCGCAUGCUUCGGGUGUUGCCUCAUAUCACAGUACAGUGCCCAGUGUACAAGGAGGAUUUAGGGCAAGUCAUUGUGCCGACGGUACAAAGUAUCAAGCUCGCAAUUGCUACAUAUGAGAGACAGGGUGGAUCGGCGUCAAUUUUCAUCAACGACGAUGGGUUGCAAUUGCUUAAUCCAGCCCAGAGGGAAAUGCGCAAGAUGUACUACGCCAUGAAUGACAUAGGCUGGGUGGCACGUCCAGGACAUGGCAAGAAUGGCUUCAUUCGGGCCGGACGUUUCAAGAAAGCUUCCAAUAUGAACUUUGCCAUGGACAUUUCUCAGAAACUCCAUGAGAAGCUGUGCGAUGUCGAAAGAUCGUCCGAUUGGACUGAGCAUGAUGAAGCUGAUGCCUAUCAGGCUUGUUUGAACAAUGUGCUAGCACAUGAGUUUUCGCGUACAGGCCACGAACCAUGGGCUGCCGGCAAUAUCAGCAUGGGUGAGCUCAUCUUGCUGGUAGACUCAGACACUCGGGUUCCUCUCGACUGUUUUCUCGAUGCUGCAAAUGAGUUCCACCUUUCACCCAAUGUUGCAAUCAUUCAGCACAAUUCUGGCGUCAUGCAAGUCGUACAUGACUUUUUCGAAAACGCCAUUACCUACUUCACCCAAAGUAUAUACUUUUCGCUCCAGUACGCCACUUCUGCAGGUGACACUGCGGCCUUUGUCGGUCACAACGCUUUUCUUCGAUGGAGUGCAUUGCAAGAAGUGGCCUGGUUUGAUGACACGGAUGGCAAGACUAAGUACUGGUCUGAAUCGCAUGUCAGUGAAGACUUUGAGAUGUCAUUGAAGCUGCAAACUCAGGGGUACAUCUCGCGAUACGCCACGUACUCCAAUGAGGCUUUUCAAGAAGGAGUGUCUUUGACAUGCUAUGACGAAAUGCUUCGUUGGUCCAAAUAUGCCUAUGGCUGUUCGGAACUGGUCUUCAACCCUUUCUCGCAGUGGCACCGAAAGGGUCCUUUCACUGAUAUUUUCAUCCACUUCCUACGAUCCGACCUCAACUCUUUUUCAAAAUUUACGAUGAUUGGCUAUAUUGGAACUUACUAUGCUAUUGCUCUUCGGCCGCUCCUGGUCGUGAACUACCUCGUUAUGGGGUGGUACCGCUAUUUUGUCGAACAAGGCUUCGCUUUCUACAAUGAAGGCUUUGGAGUCUUUUUGAGUGUCAUUUUUGUGUUCAAUCUUAUCGGGCCAGUCUCAGCUGCUAUCAUCAAGUACCGUGCUGCCAAAAAUGAAACCUUUUGGCGUGGGCUCUACGACAACUUCAAAUGGUCGCUACCUCUAAUGAUUUUCCUUGGCGGUCUCUCCAUGCAUCUUUCAUAUGCACUCAUCGCACACUUGUGUGACCUCGUUCGUCUAUUCUGUAGCUUGAACGUCGCUAAUUCCAGGACAUUCAAUGGGGUGCGACCGCCAAGACAGUCGAGGAAGGCGACUUCUUCUCAGAACUUCCCAAGAUUUGGGCAAAGAACAAGUGGAUAUGGGCCACGUGCCUUGUCUUGGCACUUAUGCAGGUUUACUUUGCUGUCUUUGCUGCUCCCUUGAAUCGCAUAUGGUCUAUUACUGCAAAUUUGCCACUUAUAUGGCUCAUGGUUGCCCAAUCACUCGCCCCUCUUAUUCUCAAUCCGAACGCCUACCCUUCAGAAUGGCACUCCG